UCUUUCUCUUUUUCUUUUUCUUUGUAAAUAAACAAUGGCUACUUCAAUUCCUUUACUUGAAACACUUCAAAUCACUCUUUCUUCUUCUGGUGUGACAGAGUUGGCUUUCAAUCGCCCCACAAGAUAUAACGCUUUGUCUCCUUUAGCCUAUAGAGAUUGGCUUGCAGCUAUUCAAUGGGCUGCUCGAUGUGACGCUGUGAAAGUUGUAGUCAUGACAGGUCGUGGCAAAUAUUAUACUUCAGGCCAAGAAUUACAAGAACCCGACAAUAGUCCUAAAGGUGAAGAAUUUAAUAAGAAAAGAAGACUUGUGACAAAAACACUUGUCGAUGAAUUGAUCAAUUUCCCUAAACUUUUGAUUGCAGGUGUCAAUGGUAAUGCGAUUGGUUUUGGUGUUACAACACUUGCUUUAUUUGAUGUUGUUUAUUCUAUACCUCAAGCUACGUUUACGACUCCUUUUAUGAAGCUAGCAUUUUGUGCUGAAGGUUGUUCUUCUAUUUUAUUUCCUCGAAUUAUGGGUGUCUCCAGAGCCAAUGAAAUGUUACUUUUAGGCCGUACAUUUACUGCUGAAGAAUUGGUGGAUUGCGGAUUUAUUAGUAGAACCAUUCCAGCUGAAGAUUUCCAUAAAGAAGUAUUGGCUAUUGCUCAUGAAGCAGCCAAAUUCUCAAGUGAAGCUAUUGCUGUUUCUAAAAAGCUUAUUCGAGACGUGGAUCGACAAGUGUUGCUUCAGGUGAAUGAAGUGGAAAUGGCUAGAUUAUCUGAGCGCAUGAAAUCAAAAGAUUCACAAGAUGCUCUCAAUAAGUUUGUUGAAGAAAACAAGAGAAAGAAAGCUGCCAAAUCAGCUAAACAACAGCAACAGCAACAGCAACAAAGUAAGCUUUAAAGUUAUGUAAUAAAAU